CUUUUCAGUUAAUAACGAAUUAAAUCAUGAUUCAAAAUGGAAGACGACAACGGUCUGGAAGUAGCAAUAGAAUUAGCGAAUAACUUUCUUUUAGAGUUAAACAAAGGAGAACUCUCGCCACUCUUUGAAAGAUCAGAGAAUAUACUGAAAAAUAAGAAUAACUUGAGGAAAGAAUUUGUCAGCGAUGCCAGAGAACUUAUAAGUAAGUUACAGCAGGAUUAUUCGAAAGUUGAAGAGGAAGGAUCUGGAGAAUGUGGGUUUUCUGAAGCCUGCUACAAGGCAAAUAAGGAAGCCAAAGAAAUAAAAGAAACUGGUCUAAAGGAUGAGUUGAAAAAGCUUGGCAAAGAUCAGGAGGAGUAUUCUCUCAAGCUUAAACUGCUGUUUGAAAAAAUAAGUGCACUUGAAGAAAAGAAGCACCAACUAGAGGAAAAGAAAGAUAAAUUUGUCCCUUGGAAAAAGGACAAGUUUGCUUUGUUUAUGUCAGCCACAGGAAUACACUGGAAUUUUGGUUGCAAAGAUAAUGAGAUACGUGGAUAUGUUACUGGUAAAGGAGAGAUUCAGCCUUUCUCUAUUAACUCUGAUGAGCAUGACGGUUUUUACACUGCUAACUAUUUAUGGGAUGUAGUUUCAUCCACAUUUAAUGAGUAAAUAGAUCCUUAUUCUAAUCAUAGAUUUCCAAAAACUGACUCAAGACAAACUACUUAUUGUGAAUGAUAUCUUUUUCAAGAUUGAUAAGACCAUCUUGUUGAGCAAGUAGGUGUCAUGAUUGAUAUUAUAAAACACUUGAAUUGCUGUUAUUUUUUGGAAUUUAUUCUCUAUAACUUUGUAGCAGUUGUGAAUCAAGAGAAACUGUUUUCAAGUUGAGAUUUUGUAUUUUUGCUGAUUAAUAUGGCACAUAUCUUAACUGUUCUGGAAAGAUCAUUGUUCAGAAGAUACUUUCAAGCUUUGUGAUUUUUUCACAAAUAUUUUGCAUGUUUCUGACAAAUGGAAACUAUUCCUUUGAUGGCAAUAAUAUUGCAUUCAUUAUCAUAGUCA